AUGCGUGGGCAAGAGCACGGCUCCGAUUUAAAGUGUGCACACCUGAAAGAUAGGGCAGAGAAUGAGGAGACGCUAAGUCCGUCCUCGAGCAGUCAAAGUACCAGAGAUACCUGCAAAGCGCCUGGAAAGGUGCAUGAAGACAAGGCAAUUACCCCAGCAGCACAACAGGAAGCUAACCGGCCAGAGGAGUGA